CGACGGUUUCCGUAGAAACCAAAAAAGCUUAGAUUUUUUUCAGAAACAUGGCUAAAGCUACCGACGACUUUAAAUACGGUUUGGAACGGCUGCAGGAGGAACUGGAAAAGGAGAGGGAGAUGAAAGAAAUGCUUGAAGGGUCAGUGUCUGAUCUGCGGAGUACGAUGAGUGAACUGCAAGAAAGACUGCACAGUGUUGACGGGGAAGAUGUAUCAGGAAAUGAGUGGAGGACAAGGUAUGAGACACAGGUAGAGCUAAAUGGGCAGUUGGAAAGGCAGAUCUCACUCAUCCGUGAGAGACUGGAAGACAUAAGAGGAAACCCUGUCGACCGACUGGCUUCUAUUCGGUCGUUUGAGGACAUGCCAGUGGAAACACUGAGACAACGUCUGAAGCUUCUGACCGAGGAGAAAUCUGACCUCCAGAGUCAGCUAAUGGAUUGUCAUCUUCAAAUUGAACAAGAAGGAAAGGCUUUUCAUAAAACCAAUGAUGAAAGGCGGGCAUACUUGUCAGAAAUUGCUAAGCUGUCAUCUACCCAUGAAGCUCAAAGAAGACAGUACUUUGCACAGCCACAGAGGGCACCAGAGAGCAAACAAAUGAGAGGGAAGCAGACUGGCAGGAAGGCAGAGGCUGAUUCUAAGAAAGGAAAAGAGGGAGGAGAAGAAGAUGGUGGCGAGGCCUUUGUGAAAGAAAGAGGAGGAGGUGAUGGUGGAAGAAUAGCAGAGAGAAAAGAAGAGAAGAAAUUACAAAGGAAAAGCAGGUUACCCACGCUUAAGCACAACCUGAAGCACGAUCCGUAAAACUUAGUAAUGUUGCUUUUUUUAUGGUUAUGCUUUAGUUCACAAUGCGAGUGAUUAUGUUGAAAUACUGCAGUUUCUACACUAACCAGCCACUUAAUUAGGCACACUUUGUACUGUCCAGUACUCAGCUGGACCUCCUUUUUCUUUCAGAGCUGCCUUAAUUCUUCAUGGUAUUGAUUCAACAACAUGCUAGAAUAAUUCCUCACAGAUUUUGGUCCUUUUUGCACGGUGCAGUGGCUGUACAUUCGUUGGCUGCACAUCCAUGAUGUAAAUCUGUCAUUUCACCACAACACAAAGGUGCUGUACUGGAUUGAGAUCCGGUGAUUGUUGAAAACACUUGAGUACAAUUUGAGGUGAUUUGAGCUUUGUGACAUGAUGCAAUGGUCUGCUGCAAGCAGCCAUCAGAAGAUGGGUACACAGUGGUCAUAAACAGAUGGUUAGCAACAACACUCAGGCAGGCUGUGGUGUUUAAACAAUACAGCACUGAUACUUAGUGACCUAACGUGUGCCAAGAAAAUAUCUCCCACACCAUUACACCACCUCCGGCAGCCUGAACUGUAUGAUGGAUCCAUGCUGCCAGCUGAAUGUUUCAGUGGAAAUGAAGACUAAUUUUUCCAAUCUUCUGUUGUCCAAUUUUUGUGAGCCCUUAUGAAUUGUAGCCUCUGUUUCAGUUCAGUUAAAUUUUAUUUAUAUAGUGCUUCGUCAUCACAAGGCACUUUAUAUUGUAAGAUAAAGACCCCACAAUAAUACAGAGAAAACCCCAACAAUCAGAAGAGACUUCCAUCAGAACAAAGUUCAGGGAGAGGCAACCACCUGCAGCAGCUGGUUGGGGGUGAUGUGGGGGUGGGGGUUGGGGGGAGGACAAAAGACACAGUGUGGAAAAGAGCCAGAGAUUAGUAAUGACUAAUGAUUAAAAGUAAAGUGGUGGAUAAACACAUAAUGAGUAUGAAGAGGUCAAUGAAUGAAAAUUGCUCAGUGCAUCAUGGGACAGCAGUCUCGGAGCAAAGUGCUCUAUACUGUACUAUGAGGUCUUUAAUAUGAGAUGGACCUUUAGAUUUGAUUCUGAAUUUAACAAGGAGCCAAUGGAGUUCAAUGUGUUGUGUGUUCAGAGAUGCUGUUCUUGUUAUUUUAGUUACUGUUGGCUUCAAUUUGAAGCGGUCCAUUCUCCUCUGACCUUUGACAUCAACAAGACAUUUUCAACCUGAGAACUGCUGCUGGUUGGAUAGUUUCUCCUUUUCUGGCCAUUCUCUGUAAACUAUCAAGAUGGUUGUGUGGGAAGAUCCCAGUAGAUCGGCAGUUUCUGAAAUGCUCUCUGGCACAAACAACCAGGCCACAUUCAAAGUCCCUGAAAACACCUUUAUUCCCCAUUCUGAUGCUCAAUUUGAACUUAGAUCACUUUGAUCAUGUCCAGAUGCCUAAAUGCUUCAUGUGAUUGGCCGAUUAGACAUUUGUGCUAACAAGCAGUUAAACUGGUGUACCUAAUAACAUGAAUGUGGAUGUAUUUCGGUUUUCCUGUCCAUUUGCUGCAGUUGGUAUUGUGUUUUUAUUUUUGUAUUUUUUUUCAUUUGAUACAGUAACCACAGUAUUAACCUGAUGUCAAGCUAUAAAAUGCUACAUUUACAACAAAGUGUGGGCUUAGUGUUUUCUUACAUGUUUCUUUGAACAAGGAGAUGAAUUAUUUAAAAAGAGAAAUGUUUAAAAUAUGGGGUUUUUAAACUUUAUUGGCUAAGGCCUUUAUUUCAGGACAAGAAAAAAGCUGAAGGCUCUGAGUCUAGUGUGCCAGAAGCCUGCCAAGUUGAACAUUUCUUGUGUCACUGCAGUUUUUUUUAACACCUCCUACGAUUUGCAUUACGUAUGCAGCACCACAUCACUGCUCUCGCUGCUUGUAGUUUCUCCACAGAGCAAACAGUCGCCCAUGUCCCACCUACUGACCACCUUUUCAAAUGUGGGUGUCAGAAAACUCUAUUGAUAUGAGAUGAAGUAGUGAAUAGGGGAAAAAAAACAAAAACAAAAAAAACACCAAGAGCACUGUUUCAGUUGUAUUUGUGAAACGUGUAGGAUGGUUUCAGUUCUUGUCAGCCUUGCUGAAUUACACUGAAUUAAAACAAAAUCACAAAGUGGACAUGCCAUGUAACGUGCAUAGGCAUAAAUUGUAUAAUUUAAUGAUUUUGUUCUGUCCCUGUAAACCAUCUCUGAAAAGUAUCGCCUGAUCAACUCAAGUCCUAAUGCUCUAAUUUGUUUAUUGGGCUGGUAUUUACUUUUUGAUAUGGCUGACUUGGUGUACGCUUCUAAAUGUGAUUCACAACAGCUUGUUUAUCUUAGAUUAAUGACUUCAUUUAGACAUAGCCAGUUCACAUCGCCUCAUGAAACACUGAGCACAUUUGCAGCGUACCACUCUCUCCCUCUAACUAGUCUCUAGUCUUCUGCCCUCUCAAUUUCAUGUAUAAGCUUUUUUUAUUUAGCACAGCUCAAUGCAUCUUGCCGAUGAAUCACACAGCCACAGAGGAACUACCCAAAUGCCUUCUCCUGACAGGUGAAAGAGAAUGACAAAUCACAACAGCGACUCUCAAAACACCAUGAUUCACAAUACUGCUACUUUACUAUGCUAAUUCAGUUGGCUCGCACACUUUUGUGGUAGUACACGUGUUCACACACCCUUCUGUGUAGUGUGCAAGUAUUGCAUCAAAAUACAUCACAGGUUGUAAAUUGAAAGCAGGUUUUAAUUACUCCAGAUGAGACUUCAGUAUCAGUUAUCAGUCCAUAAAUUCAUCCGAUUGAGCUUCAGCUUUCUUCAUCAUGACCUCACAGAGGUGUAUUUGCAGAAGCGUGCUACAUCAUGGCUUUUUGUGUUUUUCUAAC